UAUACGGCUCAAUUUUUCCCCCUUCCCUCCAUGGUUUUCUGUUUCCCUCCACACCCCGCUCCUUCUUCCGCCCUCCUCCAUUUUUGAGAUCAAAAUCUCCCCCUCGCCUCCCCUUUUAGUUCUCUCCCCUCCACACCUCACAUCUUCCCUCCACUCGACGCUUCUCCCGCUCCUAACUCUUAGUAGCUUCUACUAACGCCGCAGCCCCUGGUGGUUAGAUCCGAGCAGCAGGGAUCUACCUGCCACGGAUCGAGCAGCUCCCGCCUCCCGAUCCGCGGCGAGGAGCGGGCGCCGGGGCUGUGAGAGGUCGGAGGCGGAGGAGGGGAGUGGCUCUGCGGUGGUAGAUCCGCCGGUCUUGGCGACGCAGAUGGACUCCUCGGUCAAGAAGGGCAGCGGGUCGCUGGAUCCGGACGAGCGCGCGGCCUCCGGCGAGCCCAAGGCCUGCACCGAGUGCCACACCACCAAGACCCCGCUCUGGCGCGGCGGCCCCUGCGGCCCUAUGUCGCUGUGCAACGCGUGCGGGAUCCGGUACCGGAAGAAGAGGAGGGAGGCGCUAGGCCUGGACGCCAACAAGGGCGGCGCCGCCGAGCAGCAGCAGCAGCAGCGGAAGAAGAAGGCCACCACCAAGAGGGAGAGAGAGACGGAGACGGAUGAGGUUACCGUGGAGCUCCGCACGGUGGGGUUCGGUAAAGAGGUGGUGCUCAAGCAGCGGCGGCGGAUGCGGCGGAGGAGACGUCUCGGCGAGGAGGAGAGGGCGGCCAUCCUCCUCAUGGCCCUCUCCUCCGGCGUCGUCUACGCCUGACCCUACCACCCUGCAACGAAGAGAGCAGGGGAGAUGAAAGGAAGAGAGCGUUGCAGCUGCAGAUUUGCUUAACAUGCAUGCACAGAGAGAUGCGUCUCUCUCUACCCUUUUUCCCUGGAUCUAUGCUAAGUUUUUCCGGCUAAGUAGUUCGAACAAAGCGAGCUAAUAAUGGUGCUGUAGUGGACUGGUAGCUGUUCUUCCUGUUUCUGUUGCUGUUCUUGCCUAGUUGUAAUGUUACUGGUAGUAGUGUGCUAGUAGCUUGUAACGUUGCAGUGUAAGGAGAGCUUAUGAUCAUCAUCCUCUGUUCUUGCAAGA